AUGAAUGAAAAUAUAUGUAACUAUCAUGGAAAUAUUAACAAUGGGAUAGAAAAAAGCUUUUUAAUUAACACAAAAUUAUGUAAUGAUAUAAAUCAUGCAAAUAAUUUAUAUACAUCAGACAUGUUUGGUAGUAAUACUAGGGAUUUAGCUUACGAAUAUAGCAAAAGGUAUUCUAACAUCCAUAAUAAUAGCAAUUCUAAUAGUAUUAUCAACCAUAUGUUUGAUUCCUCAAUUAAUGAACUGGAAUAUAGCCAAGCAAAUGGGAAUCAUAUAUUAACGAAUAAUUUUAUAUACCCAAAAAAUAACACAAAUGAAAAUAAUUUAAAUUAUGGGAAUAACGUAUUUAAUACAUAUCGUUCCAAUAAUAUUCCUUCCAAUUAUAAAAACAAAUUAUGUAUGCAAUGUACAUGUUUUAAUAAAAAUCCUUCUGAAAUAAAUCUUUUCAAUGAUGAUAUAAAAAAUGCACACAGUAAAAAUAAUUACAGCAAGCCAUAUGAUGCUUCCUCUUUGAAGUGUACAAUUUGCCCCGGUAACGCAAGUACCUACUUAAAUGCAAACAUAGGCAAUACAUUAAAGAAUUAUGGCCCAUUAAAUGAUGGAAUAAAAAAUGGGAGUAUAAUUCCGAUUAUUGCAAAUGAAUAUUUUGCAAGCCAUUUAAAACCGAAUAUUAGUGAAAACAUUGAUCAUAGUUUUUUCCAAACUUAUGAUCAAAACAUAGCACUGAAUUUGAAUAACACAUUAAAUCGAAGUGUAAGCCAACCUUCUAUUCCGCGUAUAAAUCAAGGAGUGGAAAACAUAAGAUCGAAUCUGAGUGUUCAUUCUAUGGGUAAUAAUAAAAUAAAUACUAAUGAUAUUUAUUUAUAUCCUAAUAUUUUAAAUAAUAAUUUGAAGAAUAAAUUAAAUAAUAAUAUUAAUCAAGUUGGAACUGAUAUAUAUACCAAAAUUAAUUAUGAUGCCUUAAAUAAUAAUUGUAAUUUUAAUAAUUAUAUAAAAGAAGGACAAAAUAAUCGAUUUCUUGACAAUUCAUUAUAUCAUUCAAAUAUAAAUACUUGCUUAUUAAAUAAUAUGUCUGAUAAUAAUCAAAAGAAGAUUAUGAAUGGAAAAAGAGGGAGCGUUAUUAAUAGCUCCUCUCUCAAUUUUCCUCAAAAUAAUAUAAUAAAUUCAAACAUAAAUACUAAUAAUAAUACUAAUAAUCGAAAUAUAACAAAUUCCAUAAAUAAUAACCAUAUUAACAAAAACACACAUGUUCUUGGAAAUAAUCCAAAUGGAGUGAUCAAAAUAGGAAGUGGCCAUGAAAUAAAUAAAAAUAAAUCAAGAAUAUGUAUAACUGACCCAACAAUAGACAUUAAUAUGAAAUAUAUUAGAAAUGUAAAAGAAAAUAUAUUUCCUAAUUUAGUUAGAACAUAUCCAGAAGGAAAUAUGAAUAUAAUGACAUUUGAAAAUAAAACAAAACAAAAUAAUAAUUUAACAAAAAAUUUAUAUACAUGUAAUAUAGUAAAUAACAACACAUAUAAAGGAACUAACUUAACUACUGACCCAAGAUAUAAUAAUAUAUAUAAAGAAUAUAAUAUUGGAAAUAACCAAGAGGAUAUACAAAAUAUAUAUAAUAAAAAUUUGAUGGAAAAUAUUUAUAAUAAUAGUGAAUAUGAAAAACCUAAUAUAUAUAAAAUGGGAAAUGUAACAAAUAUCAAUCCAUUAAAUUGUGGAAAUAUUAGUGGUUUGAAUGAUCAUGAAAAUUUUAUAAAUUAUUAUAUAAACCAAGAAUAUGAAAAUGAUGAUCAAAGGAAUAUUAUAAAGAAUAAUUCCAAUAUUAUUAAUAAAUACAACAAUUUAAAUAAACAAAAAAUGUUAAACAAAAGAAGUAGCAAUUAUAUAGGCCGUGCUAAUGAUAAUAAUAAUAAUAAUUUUAUUUCUGAAAAUAAAAGAGAUAAUUUAAAAAAUGUAAACAAUUUUUCUAUGAAUAUAAAUAAUGAUUGUAAAAAUAAUACGAAAUUAAAAAAACAUAAUCGAAGGGGAAGACCAAGUAGAAAUAAUAUACUACCAAAUGAGUUAUCUCAAAAGUCUUCAAUAUUCAAUGAAAAAGAAAAUGAAUCAAAUAUUAAUAAUAAUCAUAAUGAAAUGAAAAUAUAUCAUAAUUCAAAAAGUCGUAAAAAAAGAGAAUCAACAAACAAAGAAAGUUAUAGAAACAGUUUUGAAAAAGAAGAUGGAGAAGAAAAUGGCGAUUCUGGAAAUAUUAAUAGAAAAAGUUAUAUAAAUUAUUCAAAAAAAAAAAAAAAUACAAAUGAUCAAAAUUCAUGUAUAUCAUCAAAUGUGUCAAUUUCAUCUAAUUCUUCUUUUUCUUCUGAUUCGUCUUUUUUUACUAAUGGACUUAAUGAAAAUGAAAGAAAACGAAAGAGAAAUGAAAAUGAAUCGUUAAAUAAUAAUUUUCAUAAUAAAAAAAAUAAAAUGAUCGAAAUUAAGAAAAAAAGGCCAACUGUUAUAGAUUUUCUAAAUGAAAAAUGGAAUAGAAAUUCUGUAACAGAAAAUGUUAGAAGUUAUUCGAGGGAAUAUGAAGAAAAUGAACCUCAUGAAAAUAGUUUGAACACAAAUUUAGAAAGUAUAGAUUCAGAAACAGAUAUUAAUGAUAGUGAGAUUGAAUCAUCAGAAUGUAAUAGUAAUGUUAUAGAAAAUGAAAUAAAAUUGGGAAAUGAAAAAGAAGAUAAAAGUGAGUUUUCUGUAACAGAUGAAGAAUUGACAGAAAAUGAUGAAGAACAAAAUAUAUAUAACAACAAAAUUAAUCAUGUAAAAAAAGAAAAGACUAAUAAUAGUGAUGAUGACGAUUCAUUAAAAAAUAGGAGUAAUAUUGAAAAUGUAGCAAAAAAUGCGGCGGAAAAUGGGGAAAAAGAUGUGGCAGCAAAUGUUAAGGGAAAAAAACGAAAGGAAAUGAAUUUACAGAAUUAUAAUAAAAUAAAGAAAGAAAAUUUAUUAUUUGAAAAAAAAGAAAAAUAUAAAAUUGAUAAUAAUGAAGGGGAAGGAAUAAAUGAAAAUAAAAAUGAAGGUAAUAAAUUUAAACAAAAUGAUAACAAUUUUGAAAAUGAAUAUAAUGAUAAAACAAAUCGAAAUAUUAAAAAUUUUAGUCAGCAUCUAAGGUGUGAUGAAUCAUCAAAUGGAGAAAGUAAAGUAGAUACAUCUAUGGAUUCAGACUCAUUUUAUAGUUCUGUAUAUUUGUCAGAAUAUUCUUCAGGAGAUAUAACGAGAACGGAUAGCUCAAGUCAUAAUGACAAUACAUCUAAUAUGGAUGAAAAUGUCGAAAUAUGCAAUAGUCAAACAAAUGAAUGUCAAAAUGACGAUUCUGGUAUGAAUACUAGUAAUAAUGUAUAUAUAGGCAAAAAUGAAAAUAGGGAAAUCACUAAUCGUAUAAACGAGAAAGUGAAAAAAUAUGUAGAUAGUAAUAAGAGUAUUAAUAAAAUUGAAAAUAAAAUUGAUGAAAAAUUUGUUAAUAUAAAUAAUAUUUUUCUUCGCGUUUGCAGCAUAAAAAAAAUGAUAGAAGAAAACAUAAUAUAUGAUAAUACUGAAAUAUUAAAUGAUAAUCAGUGUGAAGAUGUUUCAAAUAUAUUUUGCAAAAAUGUAAUUGAUACUAUAAGAUGUUAUAAAAAUUAUUUAGAAAAUGAGGUAGACAAUAAUUGUUGUUUAGUAAAAGAUGAUAAUUAUAUUUAUACAAAUUUAAAAAAUUUAAAAUAUAUAAAUAAAGAAUUAAUAUUAAAUAAAUUAAAAUUAAUAUUUCUUUAUAAAGGAAUAAAUAUUUAUGAAUGUAUAAUUUUGUUUUCUUAUUUGUUUUAUAAAAAAUCAAAAUAUUUAGAUUUUAACAAAGUAUAUUUAUAUAACACCAUGAAAAAGUUAUCCCCAUGCUUAUGGGAAUUAAACAAGAAAUGUAAUGAUAUUGAAAUGAAAACAUUAUUUUUUUUUAUAAGCAAAAUAUUUAUUUUUCAUGAUUAUUUUAUUUUUAGAAUUAAUAUAUUUUUUUUUAAUUGGUUUAUAUUACAUUUAUAUAAAAUCAAAUUGAAGAAUACAUCAUAUUUAGAAGACAUAAAUAUAUUGAUAAAUAUAAUGACUGGUUUUUUAUCAAAUAAAAAAUUUUUAAAUUACUCUAUAUUAUUUGUAAUAAAUAUAGUCCUUCAUAAAAAUAAUGGAAAAUCAUUAUAUACAGGAUUAAACUAUCCAUAUGUCUGUGCAUUGUAUUUACACUUUUUUUCAAAGAUAAUAUGCUUAUCAAACCAACUUAGAAAAUUUGUUAAAUUAUAUGAGCGAAUGCUCAAAAACACUAACUUAUUUAUUUCAAAAUUAAAACAAGAAAAUGAUAAUAUGAAAAAUACCCCCAAUACAAAUGCUAACAAAAAAAUUCAGUUUAGUUUUAUUGAUGAUGGAAUAGAUAAUAUGAACAAAGAAAAGACUAACAAAUUAUAUAAUGUAAGUAUGAACGUUAUAAGAAAUAAAAGAAAAUCUCAAAAUAUACAAAAUAGUAAUUCCAAAAUUCAAGGAACUGAAAAAAUAUUUUCUCCUAGACAAGAUUUAAUCAUUCUUUAUAUACUAUAUAUGGCUAAUAGUAACUAUUGUAUAUAUGUGAAUAUAAUUAGGCAUAUAUUUCCAAAUAUAAUAAAUUUAAAAGUAACUUAUAACUUUUCAAAAUUAAAAGUAAAGAGUCGAUAUUUUUAUAAAAAAAUUAUUAGAUCUUUAAAUCAUGCAAAAAAAUAUUUGAAACAAUUAAGUAAGAGAAAUAAAAGGGGGAGACGAAAAAAAUGUGAAGAAGCAGAUUUAAAAAAAGAUGAAAAAAUAUUAAAAAAAAAAAAAAAAAAAAAAAAUGAUAUAAAUUAUUCUCAGAAAAAUCUCUAUAAUUCUUAUGAUAAAUUUACAAAUGAAAAUUAUUCUUUUAUUUAUAUAUUUAUUGGAUUGUUGAUUGAACAAAUUUCUUUUAAUUUUAAUGAAAAUAUAUCCUUAUAUUUUCAAAAUGAGAAAAUACAAAAUAUUUAUAAAAAUUUAUUUUUGCAAUUUAAGGGUUAUACAGAUAUUACAUUUAAGUAUAUCAAAUUUUAUUCUAUAAAUUUGAUUAAAAAAUAUAAAAAUAUUUGGUUACGAAAUGUGUUUAAAAUUGUUAAUUUAAAGAAUAAUGGGACAGGAUUAGAUGAUUAUUUUUUGGAAAAUCCUUUAGUAGAUAAUACAAGAAUAUGUCUUGCUCAACAAAAUUGUUUUAUCAAUCCAAAAGAUAGCAAAAUAAACUAUGAUUUUAUGUUGAAAACAGAUGAUCAAUUUAAAAAUUUUGGUGAUAAUUAUGAUAAAAAUAGUGAUAUUGCAUCUCAUAGUACACUUACAAAAGAUGACGAUACAGAAUAUUUGGAACAGUGUGAUGAAAAUAAUAAUUCAUGUCUUUUAAAAAAAAAAAAAUCAUCUCUACUUUCAAAUUUUUCUAAAAAAAAUAAAAAAGGCUAUUAUUUUAUGAAUAAAAGUUUUGUGAAUAGCACUUUUUAUAUAUUGUCUAAAUGCUUGAAAACUUUUAAGAGAAGUAAUAUAUUUAGUAUAGUAUUCGAUUUAUUAUUUUUAAGUUUUAUACAUCAAAUAAAAAAGGAAGAAUUAGCAUCUUUUCUAUGUUACACAUUUUCAAACGAUUACGAAUUAAGUGAAAUCAUUAUAAGCAUAUUAAUUCGACUUGAUACAACUCGGUUAUAUUUACAAAACAUUUACUUUUUGAAUUAUUUUUUGAAGAGAGGUGAAAUUAUGACACGAAAUGGGUGUAGUAUAGACAGCAAGUAUUACAAUUGCAUUAAUUUGAAAGAUGUCGAGAUAAGUUUAGCGGACAUAUAUUCUUUUUAUUUUUCUCAGUGCACCAAAGGAAGCAAAAAUGAAAAGAUAAAAAAUGAAGUAACCAACCAAAUAAACUAUUUUGAUAAGCGAUUGUACACAAAACCAUGCAAAUGUAUGUUUUUGUCAUAUUUAAUAUUUUUUUCUUUAAUUUUUAAAAAUUUUAAAAUGUAUUUUAUGCAUUUCACUAAAUUUUCAUACACCCUAAAAAAGAAAGAGAAAUCUAAACAUGAAAUAAAAAAUGAUGACGCAAAUAUAAAGGAAAUCACUUAUACCAAAAAUGAGCAAAACAAUAACAAUAAUAAAUCAUUUAGUGAAGAAAACAAAUAUAUAUACAUGAUGAUAAAUAAUGGAAAAAUUUUAAUCGACCCAAUAAUGUCUUAUAAUUACAUUGAUGACAGUUGUUACCAUAUUAUAUCUUCCCCAUUUGACAAUUGGAAUAUGUAUGACUUGUUUACAAAUCGGACUAAAUAUUUUAAGCUGGAUAAUUGUGAAAUAUAUGAUGAAAAUUAUGUGUGUGUAGAAAAUGUAAAAAUAGAUAGCGAUACAGAAAAAAAAUAUGAAAUGAUAAAAAAAAAAAAUUGGAAAGAUAGCUAUUUAGAGAAUGGUGAGCCAAAGACUGAAAAACUUGGUAAAAAACAUGAAGCUAUUAAUGAUUUGAAUAAAAAUUGGAAAGAAAUAGAAAAUAGAGAAUUAAAUCUUGAGGAAAUAAUGAUGAUUAUGUACAAAUAUGAUUUAAUUGUGUGUGAACAUGUUUUAGUUUCUUAUUUUUCAAUCGAUAAAAAAAAAAAAAAAAAUAUGAUUUGUACAGGAAUUUUGAAAAAAAAAAAAAAUAAUAAUAAUAAUAAAAGCUAUAUAGAACAGGAGCUUAGUAAUGUAAUAAUUAAUAAACAUAACAAAAUUGAUAAUUUAUAUUUUUUCAAAGAAGAUUUGGCUUAUCAUAUUUUACACGAAUUGUAUAAAUACAAGUCAGGAUAUGGCAAUAUAGAAAUAGGAAAUAUACUUUUAAAAAUAAACGGAAAAAUUUUUAAGGAAAAUGUUGAAAAUAAAAUUGAGUUUAAUAAAAAAAAACGUAGAAGGAAAAAAAGAAAACAAGGUAUUUCAGAAGGAGAAAAUAAAAAUGAUAUAAUAAAUUGUAAUAUUGAUAUGGUUGAACGAGAUCAACGAGAAAUAAUAUACGAAAAAUAUUUACAUGAAAUGAAUAAUAUAAUGAAAUGGAAUAAAAAUAAUAUAGAAUAUAAUAAUAAAAAAAAAAAAAACAUCAAUUUAAAGAGACGAAGAAAUAAAUACACCAAUAUUAUUAUAGAUAUAUAUCCAUUAGUUUUCCUUUCAUUAGUUAAGUUGUUAAAUGGUGUAAUAAUUAUAAAUGAUGAUGUAAAAAAAAAGUCUUUUGACGUAAAAAAUGAGAUUUUCCCAGUUAAUCUUAGUAUAUGUAUAGAUUUUAAUAAAAAUGAAGAAAUUUUUAAAAUACACGAUGCUGAAAUAAAAAAAUAUGACAAAAAUGGAGAAUCAAAAUAUCUUUUUAUGAAAACAUGUCUUUGCAAUGAAGGCAUUACAGGAACAAAGAUAAACUAUCAGAAUGUUGUGAAUAGAAAAAAUAAACAUAGUCAAUUUGAUAAUGAACUGAAUAGAAUGAUAGUAGACAGAAAUGAAGGAACAACCCCAAUUUACCCAAAUGAAAUAACUCAAAAAUAUUUAAUUUACAAAGAAAAAGGAAAAGGAAUGUAUCUAAACUUAAUUGUUAAACUUCUAUAUAAAGAAAUAAAAUCUGACUUUUUUCUUGUUCAAGAAUAUUUUGAUGAAAAAAUAUACAUUUAUAGAAGUUUGCUAAUUAUGUUAAUUUUGAAAUACUUAUCUUUUGGCUAUGGCUUAUUUUAUUUAAAAAAAAAAUUUCUUUUUUUUUUCAUUCAAAGAGUAUUUAGAUUAUUAUGUUUUCGUUUAAUGUCCCUUUUUUUAUCAAAUAUUCAUCUAAGCAAGUUGACUAGCGAAAUAAUUAUUAUUGACGAAUCCCUUUUAGUUAGCUCUUAUAUUUCUCAGUUGAAAAAAAAAAAAAAAAAUCAAAUAAUAAGAGAAGAAGAAAAGCAAAUUAAAAAAAAUAAUAAAAAUAAUGAUUUUCUGCGAAAUAAGUCAUAUAAUAUGUAUAAAAAUUAUUCAGAAAAUUUUUUUUUCAAUUGGAAUUUUGUUGACGAUGUAAAACAUUUAGGAGAAGCCAAUGAAGAUGAUGAAGAUGAAGAAGAUGAAGAAGAGGAAGAAGAUGAUGACUUGGAAAACGAUUUAACAGAUGAGUUGAGCAAACUUAAUGGGCAAAGUGAGGAGGAAGAAAUAAGUUUUGAAGGAAAUAAACUUAGAGGAAAUAUGGAAAGGAAAAGAAAUAAAGAAAAUGAAGGAAAAGAGACACGGGAAAGAGAUAAGAAAGAUUGUAAAAAUUAUCAAGGAUGUAAUUACACAUGUAACUGUAAAUUGAAUAAAAAUAAAAAGAAAAAACAUAUAAUAUACAAACCAUUUGUAGCAUUUGGGAGUUUGGUAAUGACAAAAAAAGAAGUGUUAGAUUUAGGAUUGUUAAAAAAAGAUGAAAUAAAAAAAAAGGAAAAAAUAUAUAUAAAUAAAAGUAUAUUAAAAAAUAAGCAAAAAAUAAAAAAUUCCAAUUUUAAUAGUGGAAUAAAUUUAAAUAUAGAAGAAAAUAAAGAAAGCAUAAACAUGUCAAUUAUAUCAUUAUUAGCUUUGAUGAGCACAUUAAAGAAAAAUGGAAAUACAAAUAUGAUAAUAAAUUUUUAUUUAAAUUUAUUGAUUGAAAAAUUUUUAGAAAAAAAAAAAUAUAUACAUAUAGAUGAUAGCUAUUUAAUAAAUAGCUAUAAUGUAAACUUGGUAAAUCCAUUGAAUAUUGAAAUUAAGAGGUAUUUUUAUAUAUAUGAAAAUAAUUCAAUAAAAAAAAAAAAAGAAUUGAUAAGUAAUGGAUAUAAGUUUUAUUCAUCUGCUUGUACGUUAAAUACUUUUCAAAUAAUAUUUUUCGAAGUUUUAAAAACAUAUUUAAGUUUUAAUAAUAGUAAUUAUCUCGGGGCAUUGAUAUCAAAAAUAGGGCGAUUAAAUAAUAUAUAUAGUGAUAAAAAUAUUCAUUUUAAAAUUAAAAUAAAUAGAUUGUUAUGUAAUAAAUUACACACAUUAAUGUUGGAGCAGUUAAUGAAUAUGAAGUUGAAUAAAAUAGUUACAACAAAUAAAAUAUCAGUGUGUAAAUUUUUUUUUAUUUCUCUAUUAGAUGAAAAUGAAAAUCCAAAUUUCUUUUUAAACAUACCAUAUCAAAACAGACGAAAUACAUCUAUAAUAUCAAAAGAAAUGCAGAUAUAUAAUCUUCAAGUUAAAUGUGAUAAUUUAUCAGUUACAGAACAGUGGCACCAUAAACAGCUAACAUUGAAAAAUGAAAAUUAUAUAUCACCUUGUAUGGAUGUAGAAUUUGAGAAAAAUAAUAAUUAUUGUAAAAUGAAACAAAUACCAUCUACAUCAACUGUGGAACCAAUCAGAGACAAUUCUAAAUCUGAGACUUUAGAGAAAUAUGAAAAACAUGAUUUUAGUAUGAAUAAUAUAAUGGAUAAAGAUGGUACAGAAAAUUAUAAAACAGAUUUAUGCAGGAUUCAAAACGAAAAGGAAAUAAUAAAAGGUAGUGGGGAAUAUAAAAGAAAAGAAAAUGUGAAAAGAAUAUGUCUGAGUCAGUAUAACAACAAUAAUAAUAACAAUAGUAGUAAUGAUAAUACUAUUCUAAAUUCGAAUGAAAAAGGAAGAGUUACCAAUAUAAGGAUUGUAUAUAACCAAAUGUGUAACAUUGGUUAUAAAGAUGAAGGAAGCAGCAUGCGAAUGGUUAAGAACACACUUAUAUAUAUGAAGGAAAAUGAUAUUAACAAAUUGAUUGAUAGUUUUGAAAAAUUAAAUAAAACAAUAUAUGAAUGUAGUAUAUAUAUUUAUAAAAAUAUAUUUGUUAAAGGGAAACCUCAAGAUGUAAUAAAUAAACAGAUUUCAUCUAUUUAUUUAUGGUUUCAAAAUUUUAUGAAUUUGUUAAAAUAUGAAAAAUCAGUUAUACAUCAAUUAUAUAAUAAAUAUCAAGGGACUGGUAUUUACAUAAAAAAAAAUAAUAUUUUAAAUAGUCAUGUUAUAAAAAUUAAUUCAAAUAUAUUAAAUGAAAUUGAAGAAAUGAAAAAAAAUAUAAAACCUUACUUACCAAUUAUAGAAAAAAACUAUUUAUCAAUUAAAUUAAAAGACAAUGAUAAAAAUGCGAAAAAACGUGAUAACCCUAUCGAAUCAAAUUUUAAACAAAAUGAAAUAGAAGAAGAAUAUCAAAUAAAUCCACCAUAUAAUAAAAAACAAGAAAGUUAUAUUGAAGACUAUAAUGAAGACUAUACUGAAUUGAAUUCCUUUAUCGAUUUUAAUAUGGAUAAAUCAUCUGGUAUAUUAUUAGAAGGGAAACAAAAAAAUGAUAUAAUUCACAGUAAUAAUAAAGAGUUAGAAGACGCUGUCAAUUCGGGUACUUUUGGUAUUCAUAGAUUAAAUGAAUAUAAAGUUGAUGAAGAUUGGUUGACAUAUAUCAGAUCAUUGAUAUAG